GACGAGGAAGUCGAGAGCCAGCCAAUCAGCAGUCGCUUAGCGCGGCGAAGGCGGGGCCUAAAGGGGAGACGGGCCCGAGGCCAGCCAAUCCGGUGCAGGCUGUGUCCGUGCUCCACGUCGGCAUCAGAAGCGACCAAGAUGGAGGCGCUGAUCCUGGAGCCUUCUCUCUACACAGUCAAAGCCAUCCUGAUCUUGGACAAUGAUGGAGACCGUCUAUUUGCCAAGUACUAUGAUGACACCUACCCCACUGUCAAAGAGCAAAAGGCCUUUGAGAAGAAUAUUUUCAACAAGACUCACCGGACAGAUAGCGAGAUUGCUCUCCUAGAGGGACUGACGGUCGUUUACAAGAGCAGCAUUGACCUGUAUUUUUAUGUCAUCGGCAGUUCCUAUGAAAACGAGCUGAUGCUGAUGGCUGUGCUCAAUUGCCUCUUCGAUUCACUUAGUCAGAUGCUGAGGAAGAAUGUGGAGAAGAGAGCACUUCUGGAGAACAUGGAGGGCCUUUUCCUGGCUGCGGAUGAAAUUGUGGAUGGAGGGGUGAUUCUUGAGAGUGACCCCCAACAGGUGUUACAUAGAGUUGCUGUGCGGGGAGAGGAUGUCCCUCUUACAGAACAAACGGUCUCACAGGUACUGCAAUCAGCAAAGGAACAGAUCAAGUGGUCGCUACUGCGAUGAAGAGCCAAAAGGGAUCCAACCCAUUGACCUACUGUGUCCCUGUCUGCCUUCCUGCCCUGUCUCGCACUGACCAAAAUAUAACAUGACCACAGAUUUUGAAGUAUCUCAUCUCCUGAUCUUAGUCUCAUCACUGUUUCAGUAGUCUGUACUAGCAUUGGGAAAGGGGGACCAGUGUGAAGGACAAAACUGUUUUCAAAAUUGCAUAUUUCAUUGGAAAAUAUCUUCAUAUCUGAUAUUGUCUGUCCAGCAACAUACAUGUCCCACCUCUGAUCUAGCCCUGGAGUUAUGGGUUUUGCUUGAAGGAUCUGUUGUAAUCAGAGAAAUGCCAAGACGUUUCCAAGGGUCCUCUCCAAAACUUUAAUCCCAAAAGGCAGUCCCUUAAAGCUGUAUGAAAGAGGGUUUCCCCCCUUUGGAUUCUUUUCAGUCCAUUCCUAGUUCUGCCCAUGGGCCUUGCACAAGGCUCCCAUCCAGAUAUAUGCCAUCUUCUCCCUUACAGACAGCUUUGUGGGACCUGGAUCUCAUACACCAUUCAGCCUGGAUCAAUCUUUCAACGUUGUUGCUGCCUGUUGCAAAGGAUCCUAUCCAAAGGAUCCUAGCACUAGGCAGUUUCCUUAGUGUUAGGAAACUGCCUGGUGCUAGUAAGGGCCUUUUACAGCCAUUUGUAAUCAGCCACUUGGUGCAUUUUAUUUGGCCCUUGCCCCAGUCAGAUGCUACUUGAAGGCAUCCAGAAAGAGAAGUAAUCUAGCUGUUGGUCUCAUUCUUGAAUGGUGCUUACUGUCAAUUAGUUUAUCCUAGUGUUCAAUAUCUUUUUUAUCAUUUAAGAAAUGUUAUCCAGGCUUUUCUUCUGGGUGGCAGAAUAUAGAUCUUUGCCCUCUUUCAUGCUUUUGAAGAGUGUCAUCUUGUCUCUUGCAGCCCCAAAAUCUUUGGGAUAAACAUUCCAUUAUCUCAUUCUUCCAUAGUACUUGAUUUUUGUACCUUUGGUUAGCAUUCAUUGCCUUAAUCUAAACUUGUUCAUUUGUCUAUAUCCUUUUUAAAGUAAGUCACCCUGAACUGGAAACUGCACAAAUUUUUUUUUAGUUCCCGUGAUUUGGAAAAUUGGGAGUCUUAUCCAAUUUUUAUCAGUGGUAACACAUGACAAUUUGCAAUCAUUUUUAUUCUGUUUUAUUGGACCAUCUUCUACAACUAUAAACAGAAAUAAUCAGACUUGGAGUUAGAGUUCUGCAGAGAGGGAGCUUAGGCUGGACAUUAGGUUUGCUGCAAUUGAAUCUUUAAGAGGGAUAGGCAACACGUGGGUUUAUAGGUUUUUGGAUUGCAAAUCACAUCAUCAUUUAUCGCUGGCUAUGUUGCCCAGAGCUGAAGGGAGUUGCAGGCAGACACUGGGGCAGUUACUCAAAGCUGUUCUAUAGGAACAUUUUCAAAAGCAUGUAGUUAGUCGCAAAAUUGAACUCCUUAAGAAUUUUGAUUAUUUUUUAAAUAAAGAGUGGAUAAGCAAGGUUUGAAUCUUCCAGGAUGUGUUGGAGCACAGCUCCCAUCAUCCUGGUCAGCAUAGCCAAUGGUAACUGUUACUGGGCAUUGCCAUUCAGCAACAUACAUCUCCUACCUCUGAUCUAGCCCUGGAGUUGCUUGAAGGGCCUGUUGUAAUCAGGGAAGUGCCCAGAUGUUUCUUCCAAGGGUCAGGUUUUAGGGUCACACAAAGGUCUUUGCCAUUCCUUAUGACAAACAAACCAGAAUGAGGUUGUCACCUAUACUGAAUUACUUGGAAGUAAGCUCUAGUGGUAUCUCUAGAACAUCCUGUUGGGUAGGUAUGUAGAGGUUUGUACUAUAAAUUAUGCAGAGCAGUUGUUUGAUAAAUAAAUGAUACAAGGUAAACUGUGAACAGUUUCUUAACAGA